UCCAAUUCUUCCUAAUAUUUUCAAUUUUCUUCCACAAAACCUUCGGACAACCCUCCUACUGCCUUUCGCACUCAACAUGCGACUCGUGUCUCGAUUCCGUCGGUUGCUCGUGGUGCGUCGAUCGCGCUUACGACAUUAAACGCCCUCGUUGCAUGCCAAAAAUGGACUUGCUUCAAUACAAAUGUCGCCCAGAGUUCAUCCAAGAAAGUGUCGAGAUGCAAAAAAACAUUUUCAAAGACGAACCAUUGUCGGAUUAUUCCCGCGACGAUUUGGAAGCGCGUCAAAUUCGACCGCAACACGUCAAAAUGAUGAUGAAAAAAGGCACAACGCAGGAAAUUCACAUGAAAUUCCGCCCGGCGAAGAAUUAUCCGCUGGAUUUGUAUUAUUUGAUGGAUUUGACGUGGAGUAUGAAGGACGACAAAGAGACUUUGGUCAAAAUGGGCGGAAGUUUAGCGAAUGCCUUGAACAAUUUGACGGAAAAUAAUCGAUUGGGCUUCGGAUCUUUUGCGGAUAAGCCGACAAUUCCAUAUAUCAUGAUCAGUCCGACGGAAAAAGCGAAUCCUUGUGCCGUUGAACGUCAAACGUGUGCCCCAACUUACCUCUUCAAGCAUCAUUUGAGUCUCACAAGUGACAUUGAGCAGUUCGUUCAACGCGUAAAUUCGAGUGUUGUCACCGGAAAUGCGGAUAAUCUCGAAGGCGGCUUGGAAGCUCUCAUGCAAGUUCUCGUUUGCGACACUCGAGUCGGUUGGAAAGCGCGUUCCCGUAAAAUUGUCGUCUUCGCAUCGGAUGGCUGGAUGCACGUAGCUGGCUUUGGACUACUUGGAGGAGCUCCGCAACGCAACGACGCCAAAUGUCAUCUCACGUCGAACGGCGAUUACAGCAAUUCCCUCUUCAUGGAUUACCCGUCGCUCGAAGAAAUUUACCGCGAACUCCUUCGUCGCAAGGUAAAUGUAAUUUUCGCUGUCACAAACGACGUUUUAGGUCACUACAAGAGCAUCAAACAACUCAUGCCCGACCAAACUAACGUCGGAAUUUUACAAGAAGACUCUUCCAACAUCCUCCAACUCGUCGAAGAAGGUUUCGCUGAAUUCGUUCGUCAUGUCAACUUCAUCGACGAUGCUCCCGAUUACUUCAAAAUUGAAUAUCUGACGAAAUGUGGCAACAAAUACGGCGAAUACGUGUCCCAAAGUAGCUGUGACAACAUCAAAAUCGGACAAGAAUAUGAUUUUUUGGUGAGAGUUACGUUGCUUGACAGUCCAGAUAAUAUCGGGCUUGAACGACAAACGAUCCGUAUUGAAGAGGCGAGUCUCAAAGAUGAAUUUUUGAAGCUGGAAAUUGAUCUCGAGAUGACUUGUCCGUGCAUGAAAGAGGAAGAAGAGGAGGAAAAUAGCCCGAGAUGCAAUAAAAAUGGGGAAUUUAAGUGUGGGAUGUGUUUGUGCUAUGAUGGAUUCGUUGGAGCGACGUGCGAUUGUAACUUGAUGAAUUAUAAGAGCUCGAAGGAGUUGGAUGCGAGAUGUAGGGGUAAUGAUACCGAAAUUUGUAGUAAUAGAGGAGAGUGUCUUUGUGGCGUUUGUUAUUGCGAGAAGCAGUUUGAGGGAGAUCAUUGCGAGUGUCUCAAGUGUCAAUUGGAUUUUUUUGCUGAUCUCUGUAUCGCUCCAAACUCCGAUGAAAUCUGUUCUGGACAAGGAAAUUGCAAAUGUGGAACUUGCGAAUGUUUCAGUCCAUUUCGUGGUCAAUUUUGCGAACAUUAUCCCGGCGGAACAAACAUUUUAUGUAAAACCUACGACGAAUGCGUCGAAUCUUCAAUUCUAAAAAAACUCGGCAAAAAUAUCGAAGUCACAAAUUGCACAAAAGACGAUGUCCCGCACACAAUUCUCUUCGUCGAUGAAAUUUCCGACAAAAAUUGUUAUCUCCGUAUUCGUUACGACGAAUCGACAUCUUGUGACUUUCACUAUUCCUAUCAAAUUGACAAAGGAAAGCACACAACGCUCGGAAUCUUGAAUCAAGUGUGUCCUCCAACGGAUUACGCGACAAUUGGAUUUCUCACAGUUUUGAUCGCAACAAUUAUCAUUGGAUUGCUGUCACUUUGUAUUUGGUUCAUUUGUGUUCGAAUCAAGGAUAAACGAGAAUACGCGAGAUUUGAAAUGGAACAGAGGGAAAGUACGAGAUACAGUUUGCAGAUGAGCCCAAUUUACAAAUCUCCGAUCACGGAAUAUGAAGUACCGAAGUUUACGUUUCAGUCGGCUGAGAGAUUGUAAAAAAAAAAUAAAGAAAAUUUUAGUUAGAAAAAUGAAGAAUUUUUUGAAUUGUGAACUGGGAUGAAAAUUUAAAAUGCUCAUUGGGGCAAAAAUUUUAAAAUGUGCAUUGGGACAAAAGUUAAAAAUGAUCAUUAAGAUAAAAAAAAUCAAAUUUUGCAUUGAAAUGAAAAUUUUAAAAGUUUGAAGCAACAUUAUA